AUGGGAAUCAGGAAUCAGACGCAAGUGGUGGAAUUUGUCUUCUUGGGUUUCUCUGGCAUUCCCAACGGCCACACAUACCUCUUCCUGGCAUUCUUAGCCAUUUACUUGGUCACUUUAUUGGGGAACCUCAUGAUAUUUGUUAUGAUUCAACUGGAUUCCAGCCUCCAUACCCCCAUGUAUUACUUCCUCAGCCAUCUCUCCUGCUUAGAUAUUUGCAUCUCCUCGGUCACCGUCCCAAAGAUCCUGGUGAACUUCUUGCGCCAGCGACAGACCAUCUCCUACAACCAGUGUAUGACACAGAUGUUCUUCCUGAUCUCUUUCACAGGGGUGGAGGGUGGCCUGCUGGCCGUCAUGGCCUAUGACCGCUAUGCCGCCAUCUGUAAACCCUUGCAUUAUUCCCACCUCAUAAAUGCCAAGGUAAGCACCCUACUAGCCUAUGCCACUUGGCUCUGGGGCUUCGUAGAUUCCGCUAUUCAUACUACUCUCAGCUCCAUGUUGGACUUUUGUGGAGUCAAUCAGAUUCCUCACAUCUUCUGCGAUGUCCCACCACUGUUGAAAAUUUCUUGUAGCGAUGCGCACAUCAACGAAAUGACAGUCCGCAUAGCAAGCUUUUUCAUGGCUGGGGUUCCCUCCCUGUUCAUCAUUCUCUCAUACGUCUUCAUCCUGUCCUCCAUCUUGAAGAUCCGUUCCACCACUGGAAAGGGCAAAGCUUUUUCCACCUGUGCUUCUCACCUCAUUGUUGUAAUCAUUUACUUUGGAAAUGCGUUACUUAACUAUAACCAUCCAAGCGGUGGUUAUUCCUUGGCAACUGAAACUUUCUUCUCCACCAUGUACUGCAUAAUCACCCCGAUGCUGAACCCCCUCAUCUACAGCCUCCGCAACAAGGAAGUGAAGGGGGCCCUGAACAAGGCUGUGGAAAGCUGGAAAAAGUCUAAACAUGUCCACUCAAUAAGUUAG